AUGGUUCAGAUUGCCAACAUCGGCGCCAAGGGCGCAGCGGAAAAGGUGCAGAUGGCCCAGGCUGAGGCUCCCCAGUUCGAGAAAGUCGACUGGAAGAGGGAGCCUCACCUGCGCAAGCUGUACAUGAUGGCGGCGGCGCUGAUGGUUGCUUCGGCCACCACCGGUUACGACGGCAUGCUUGUCAAUACUUCCCAGAUGAUGGACAAUUGGACCCAGUUUUUCUCCCCCAAGGUGAAGGAGAGCAACUGGCUGGGUCUCCUGGUGAACAUGUUCAACAUUGGUUCCAUUAUCAGUUUCUUCAUCACUCCAUACAUUGCCGAUCGCUUUGGCCGUAAAAUUGCCAUCAUCAUUGGGUGCAUCUUCAUGGUCAUCGGAGGUAUCGUCGGCACUGCUUCCACCGGCUACAACAUGUACAUCGCUGGUCGGUUCAUCCUUGGUUUCGGCAACUCCCUGGCCCAGAUGUGCUCUCCUCUGCUUCUCGUCGAGAUCGUUCAUCCUCAGCACCGUGGUCCCGUUACUACCAUCUACAACUGUCUCUGGAACGCCGGUGCUCUGCUCGUCUCCGUCAUUGGUUGGGGCACCUCGUACGUCACGAGCGAGUGGUCCUGGCGAUCGAUCACGUUGCUGCAGAUUAUUCCCUCAGUCAUCCAGCUCAUUUUUAUCUACUGGAUCCCCGAAUCUCCUCGUUACCUCAUCAACAAGGAGCGCCACGAAGAGGCCCUCGCUAUUCUCACAGAGUACCACGGUGGGGGCGACGUGCUCAACACCGUCGUGCAGUUCGAAUACCGUGAGAUCAAGGAGACGAUCCGUCUGGAGAAGGAGGCCGGCUCGAAGAGCAGCUACAUCGACUUCUUCCGCACCAAGGGUAACCUGUGGCGUCUGGCCAUUAUCGUCUCUCUGGGUAUCAUCUCACAGUACUCGGGUAAUGCUCUGUUCUCCAACUACAUGAACCAGAUCUACGAGGGUGCCGGUAUCACCAACCAGAACCAGAAGUUGGCCCUGAGCACCGGCAAGACCAUCCUCGAUAUCAUUGUCACGGUCGCCGCCGCCACCCAGGUCGACAACUUCGGUCGUCGUCCUCUGUUCCUGACCUCUAUCUCCGGCAUGGUCGGCUCGUUCGUGUGCUGGACCAUCACCGGUGCCGUCUACGAAAACUCCGGCGAGACCAACACCGGCUCAGGCUACGCGCAGCUCGUCUUCAUCUGGCUGUUUGGCGUCUUCUACGACAUUGGUUUCUCCGGUCUGCUCAUCGCCUACGCCCUCGAGGUCCUUCCCUUCCAGCUCCGUGCCAAGGGUAUGAUGAUCAUGAACAUCACCGUCCAGGCUAUUCUUGCCAUCGGUAACCAGACCAACAUGGUCGCCUGGGAGAACCUCCCCCACCACUGGAACUUUAUGCUUUUCUACACCCUCUGGAACUUCUGCGAGUUGAUCUUCGUCUACUUCUUCUACGUCGAGACCAAGGGUAACACCCUUGAGGAGGUGGCGCGGAUCUUCGACGGCGAAGACGCCGUUGCGCAUAUUGAUCUGCAACAGGUCGAGAAGGAGAUCGAGGCCGAGGCCACGUACCACGAGACUGUUACUGGCAAGUCGGCUGCUUGA